GUCCCUACCAUGAUUCAGUCUCUCUUGCUACUAUUGGCAAUUGGAAGUCCAUUUAUUAUUGCUAAUGCGCAGCCAAGUAAUAUAUUCAUCUUGGCCGGACAAAGCAACAUGGCUGGCCGAGGUGGUAUCCAGGAGAACCCGGAAGGUAUCUUGGUGUGGGACGGGUUUGUUCCGCCGGAAUGUCAGCCGAACCCAUCCAUUUUCCGGCUAACUGCAAACCUCACCUGGGAAGAAGCCAAAGAGCCAUUGCACAAGGACAUUGAUGUGAACAAAACUAACGGGAUUGGUCCGGGCAUGGCAUUUGCUAAUUCGAUUUUGCACAGGGAACCGGAUUUCGGGUCUAUGGGUCUGGUGCCCUGUGCCAUUGGAGGAACAAACAUAAGCCAAUGGGAGCGAGGCACGUACUUAUACGACCAGCUGCUACUUAAUAGAACCAGUGCCGCCGUGAGCGGUGGCAGUGGUGUUAUAAGAGCUAUGUUGUGGUAUCAAGGUGAGAGUGACUCCAUCGAUUACGAGGACGCGAUAUCCUACGAGAACAACCUGAAGAAAUUCUUCAACAACAUUCGUGCUGAUUUGCGGUUGCCAUUGCUCCCUAUCAUUCAGGUGGCAUUGCCAUCGGGACCAUGGCCAUUUGUGGACAUUGUUAGAGAAGCUCAGUUGGGACUUAAGCUUCCAAAUGUCCGUUGUGUAGAUGCCAAAGGCCUAGAACUCCAACCCGGCGGUAUUCACCUCACAACUCAGUCGCAGGUCCUGCUGGGAGAGAUGUUGGCUGAUGCAUUUUUCAGAUUUCUGCCUGACCCUCUACCGACUAAUACUCGAAGAAAACGGUACAUGGCUUGAAAAGUGAAAGACAAAGGCUUGGUAAUUUUUGGAAUGAAGAAUCAGCCAAGUUUCAUCACCCUCCAUAUCUCUAAUUGAAGUUACUAUUGGAGUGAAAUCCCAUCGAUUUUGGACCAAGAGAGUAGAUGCUAUUUCUUUUCUUGCUGAUUCCUGGAGUACUAGUACUGUCAUUCUAGGACAAAGGAUAAAAUAGUGACAGCCUUUGAAAUAGCAAGAUCUGUAUAGGUUAAAAGAAAAAUUAGUUUUCUCGUAUCAAUUAUAUGAUCAUCAUAAACCAUGAUACGCUACGAAUUCUGGUAGAUAUGCUGACGAUAAAUUAAGAGAUGUACAAAAGAUUCAGGCUGUUAUAUCUGGAGAUGAAGGCUGCAACGGCUUAGUUCAUCGCCGAUGAAAUAUGUAGUGAUGCAAAACAAUAAUGUUUGUACAUUUUGCAGAAAUUUGAAGAUCAGAUGACACGUUUUUCAGAACGCAUAGCAAAAACUGUACUUAUUGGCCCAUUUUUCAUUUCCUACUAAAUCAAACCUGGCUUCUAGUCUUGACAGAAACUAAUUUUGUUGAAGUAAAAUGUCAACCACUUGCUUCAUUGUAGGUCUUGAAUCAAUGUCCUCCUCUGCACAUUGCAAUGCCACUCUAAGCAAAACUUCCAUCUUCCCAAUGUCGAAAUCUCCAUUCAUUGCAGGAUCCACAAUUUCAGUGAUUGGUGUUGGUGAUGAUGUACCAUCAGCUUCCUGCAUUUUCUCCUUCACCCAACUAAUCAGCCUCCUUGGUUCAACCCCAUUGCCAUCAUCAUUCGAAUUGCUUCCCGUCGGUUGCUUUCCUGUCAUCAGUUCCAAAACAACAAUUCCGUAACUGUACACAUCGACUUUGGAAGUUAUUGGAAGAUUGGAGGCCCAUUCUGGUGCCAUGUACCCUCUUGUUCCUCUAAUCCUGGAAAACUUUAAAUCGUGAAUCGUACUCCUGUGCCAUAGUUUGGAGAGCCCGAAAUCUGCCACUUUUGCUUGAUAUUCGGAGUUCAGAAGUAUGUUUUCAGGUUUCACAUCACAGUGCAAAACCCAUUCCAAGCACUCUUCAUGCAAAUAAGCAAGCCCUCUUGCUGUGCCUAGAGCAAUCUCGUAUCGCUUCCACCAAUCAAGUCUUCCACAGUACAGAUUUUUGGUUAGCGAGCCGUGCUCCAUGUAUUCAUACACUAAAAGCCUAUGCUUGCCCUCGGCACAGUAUCCCCAUAUCUCAAUCAAAUUCAUGUGGUUUAGCCUCCCAAUUGUGCUUACUUCUGCAAGAAAUUGAGCUUCCCCCUGGAUGGCUUCUUUGAGAAACUUAAUCGCUGCAACUCGAUUAUCCGCCAAGAUGCCUUUAUACACAACACCACCCCCUCCUUCUCCUAUUACUUCCCUGAAAUUCUUUGUUGCUUUCUUUAACUCCUCGUAGCUAAAUUUCCUAAAUCCAGUAGCAACCUGAAGGUAGCCUUGUAUUUUUGAACUCGACCCUCUUCGAGUUUUGAUAAAAUACGUAAGAAAGCAAAUGACUUCAAAAGCUCCGACAGCUAAAGUGCACCAAAAAUAGGACUUAAUCCAGUCCUGCUCCUUUUUCUCAUAUGAUCUAUCUAAUUGGGUGACUUCAUCUGAGCACUGCAAUUUGAAAACUUGGUCAGGCAUUUGAAACGAGGUUAGAUUAACUACCGGAACUCUUAUAUACAUGGGAUCAGGGAAUUCUUCAGAGCGAUAUCCAUUCAACAAAACAAUCUUUGGGAAGCAACUAUAGUAGCCAUUUACCAAAUCAAAUUUGUAUUGAAACCCUUUGCAUUCACAAAAACUCAAGCACAAACUCUUACAUCCCUCAAAGGUAUAAUUAGAAUAAGAGCCAAGAUCAUAACCAGGAUAUUCAACAUGAAAAAGUUCAGCAAAACCUGAUGACCUGUUAUCAUUGCAAGAGAUCUUGAACUCUGGCUCACAACCAGAUGACCAAUCUUCCACAUUCUUCAUCUUGUACCCAGGGAUACAACUGCAUUUCCUUCCUUCCACUCGAUCAUAUGUACAUAUACUGUUUGCACCGCAAACGCCAUUGAUCUUGCAAGGUUCAGAACUCUGCUGCCACGUCACAACCCACCUCCGAUUUGCCCUGUCAAGACUGUAAAUCCGGAGAUUGCCAUCAACAUCCAUGACCAUUCUUCUCUGAACUUCGAUCCCAUAAUCAGAUGUAUUAAAUUGAAGCGUAUCAGAAGACAGAAAAUGGCCGGUUGAAUCUAAUACAGCUAUUUUACUACUGUUAUAGGUCAACCUCCCUGCAUCCCAGAUGACAAGCGACGGGUCGGGCCAGAAGACACUGGUUAUAUCCGGACCUUCAUACCUAAGAUGCAGGACAUUAUCACUGCCAAAAUACAUCUUAUAGAAACCAGAGGAAUGAUUGGUUUCACUUCUGGAAGAAACAAGCAAUCCAUUCCUCGUGAAUAACUGCUGUGGAAGAAGAGUAUUCGUGGGAUAGUCAAAACUUUGCCAGAGAAUUUUACCUUCUGAAGUACCGUUGAGGAUGAGAUUUCCGUUGUCAAGGAGCUGCAACUGGGCAUCGCUGGUUGACUCUGUAUUGCUUGUCCAAACGGUGAGCUGCCCGGCGUCGAUCAAUUCGAGAUUGCCGGAAUUUUGGAGGGAGAGCUUUGUGAGCAGCCCGUUGACCGGCUGGUCACGGUUGGCCAUCCAAACAAUCGUGUGGUUUCCGUCGUAUUGCUCGCUGAACCAAAUGGAAAAGCAAUAAGAAUUUUGACCCACCAUGAAAAACCCGGCCGUGAAGAUGCCAUUUGGGGUUGAGAGCAACACAUCCUGAGGGGAAAUCGAUGAGCCCUUGGUUAAACUAGUGUAGGUUCUUGAGGAAGAAGAAGAAGGGGGUGGAAAUGACAGGAACAGAGAAAAAACGAAGAGGAUUCUGAGUAGGACUUUCAUUGGCAUCAAGAAUCUGAUCAAACUCAUUUUAAGAUUGAUCUGUGAAUCAAGCGUUAGCUAGAUCUGAUGAUCGAACAAAACUAUGGUUUUUUGGUCCCCUGCAUAAAUUCUCAGAGGAUGAUGGUUCUUCUGACUUGAGUGUUUGACUUUGAAAUUUGAAUUGGGUGCUUGACUUUGAAAAACCCCCAAAGACUAGAUUCUAGAAAGCAGUGAUUUCCUAUUUUCCUCCUGGCAGUUAAUUCAUCUGGUCAGAACGAUUUUCUUUUUUUUUUAACUGUUCACUGCUUAGUUUAUUUAUACUUUAUGAGUUUAUGGUACCGAUUGAGAUGUCAAAAAUUAUCUAUUUUAAAC